GCCGCCGUCGUCGUGAGUGAGUGAAUCAGAGUGCGUGCGUAAAUCGUGCGGAGAGCACGAGAAGCGAUAAAAGGAAACGGCACACUGAACAAACCGUUGGUGAACGACAAAAACGUGCCGGCGAAGUAAUUUAGCUAAUUGUGUGUGGGUAUAACGUCUACAAAUCGGAUUAUAAAAGUCGGCUACCGUAGCGUGAUUGUGUGCAAGGGGAGAAGGGGCUAUUACCACGAAUCCAAGGGAAAGCUUGUGGUGGACAGUGUGAACUAACGAUGGUUAACGAGGCGGAAAAUCAGCUGACUCAGAAGGAUGGUGAUGGAGGUGGAGGAGCAGGCGAGAAGGUCGUCCUGAAGCGCAAGAUUACGCUGAUCAAUGGAAUAACGAUUAUCGUUGGAACGAUCAUCGGGUCCGGCAUCUUCGUAUCACCUGCUGGAGUGUUCAUGUAUACCAAAUCCGUCGGUUCAUCCCUUGUCAUUUGGUGUCUCAGUGGUAUCCUGUCGACGCUGGGAGCCUUGUGCUACGCCGAACUUGGCACCUGUAUCACCCGAUCCGGCGGCGACUAUGCGUACCUACUUGUUGCAUUCGGACCACUUGUUGGCUUCCUCCGGCUCUGGAUGGCCCUUCUCAUCAUACGACCCACCACCCAGGCCAUCGUAGCGCUAACGUUUGCCCAGUAUGCCGUGAAACCGUUCUUCCCGGACUGUGAAGCCCCAGACAAUUCGGUGCGCCUCCUGGCGGCCGUAUGUCUGUGCUUCCUGACGGCGAUCAACUGCAUCUCGACCAAGUGGGCCAUGAAGAUCCAGAAUGUGUUUACGAUGGCCAAGCUGACGGCUCUGGUGUCCAUCAUUCUGGCCGGAGUUUGGUUCAUGGCAACGGAGAAAUCGGACAACUUCGAAAACGCCUGGGAAGGUGACUACGCAAUAUCCAGCCUGGCGUAUGCCUUUUACUCCGGACUGUUUGCCUUUGGCGGUUGGAACUAUCUGAACUUUGUCACCGAGGAGCUGGAGAAUCCCUACAAGAACCUUCCCCGUGCCAUCUGGAUUGCUAUGCCCAUGGUGACCGGUAUCUACGUGCUCGUCAACCUGGCCUACUUUGCCGUCGUUCCCCGAAACGACAUGCUUGCUUCGAUCGCGGUUGCAGUCAAUUUCGGUAAUCAGGUGUUUGGCCCGGUCGCUUGGUUGAUUCCGAUCUUCGUUGCCUUGAGCUGCUUCGGUGGAGUCAACGGUAUUCUGUUCACUUCGGCUCGGCUAUUUUCGACCGGCGCUCAAGAAGGCCACCUACCGGCUUGGUUUUCGUUGGUGCAUGUCAAUCGACAGACGCCCAUUCCGGCUUUGAUCUUUACGUGUAUAACGUCGAUUCUCAUGCUUAUGACUCCCAAUGUAGUUGCCUUGAUCAACUACUUCAGCCAGAUUUUGUGGCUCUCGGUUGCAGCCUGCAUAGCUGGCCUUCUGUGGCUACGUGUGACCAAACCCAAUAUGCCACGACCGAUUCGAGUAAACCUAGCUCUUCCAAUCACCUUCCUAACGUGCUGCCUGGUCCUGGUCCUGGUACCAUCCUUCUCGGAACCCAUGAAUCUCAUCAUCGGUGUCUGUAUCACCCUGUCCGGAGUUCCCGUGUACUACGUAUGUGUAGUAUGGAAUAAGAACAAAAAUAGCCGAUCGAGGAACGUCCUUAUGGAAUGGAUCGAACGUGGAUGUCAGAUUAUGUUCAACGCAGCAUUCGUCGAUUGUCACCACGAUCGGAAGAACGAUAGGGAGAUGUCGGAUAUGCAGACCAGCAUCGUCGACGAGAAGAAUGUCUCCAACUAAA